AUGACGUCUAAAAAGUGGAGUGAAGGGUUAAAUAUGAAGUUUAUUGAUGCCUACAAAGAACAAGAGUGUUUGUGGAAUCAGUUUAAUCCAUUGUACAAAAAUAAAUUUGCUCGUGAAACGGCCCUAAAAAAACUUGCCGAAAUAAUUGAGUUGGUUGAUUUUGGUGCUGUUGAAGCAAAAGCUAAAAUAAAAGCUCUUCGAAGUACCUACAACCUAGAAGUGGAAAAACAGAAGAAGAGUGAAAAGUCAGGUGCCGGAUUGGAUGAUGUUUAUGUUCCAUCAGUGAAGUGGUUCAAGACAAUGAAAGAGAUUAUGACUACGGGUACACUAAAAAGACGAACGCAAAGUAACCUGGUUCCAGUUACCCAAACAAGAGACAAUAAUGAGAGUGAGGUAACAGAUAUUGGUACUGAGCCAAGCAGUGUUGGUGCUACUAGUCCACAGUCUGAUGAAGACACGCAUGUUGAUGAUCCACUGCCAGCACCAGCGACACCAAAGAAUACACAAAAUAGUGAGUCACAACUUAAACCGCCUUCAUGCAAAAAAUUUUGGCCCCGCUCCAAAAUACAACAAUUUGCUGCUACUGCAAACCAACUCCAGAAACUGAUCGAUUCCUUGAACACAAAACCUUCAGAACAAAAUGAGUGGGAUGCGUUCGGAAAUGUAGUAGCAGCCCAUCUAAAAAAACUGACCCCUCGCAGGGCUCUUGAAGCGGAAAUGAAAAUCCAUUCGGUACUCAACGAAUGCCGUAUGCAAGACUUAAUUGACAAAACUAUCAUUCCGUCACACUCAGGCUCGUCUGUGCGCUACGUGGAAAGCAGUGAUGUAUCACUUUCUCCAGGGAACGUCUGUACAAGAGGCAAAUCAGUUUUUACUGAUGGAACCCGCAUCUUAUCUUGCCGACUACUACACCAAUGCUAA